AUGCCUCAAGAGCACUUUAGAGUUCCGUUAUUGUCAUCUGUAGAGGACCCGCAAAUGGCAGCGUCGCCCGAGCAGCACAUUUGUGUCUGUGAUGCAUGCGGCCAAACUAUCCAAAAGGCUGAAUUUCAAAGAGGCAACAAUAUGUGGCUCCAGUGGACUAUCAUCGUGUGCCUCUUGUGCACGAUAUUUAACUGUCUAGUCUCCAUCGACAUUUCACCUCCAAAGUUUAAUCGUUUUAUCCCUGCAAUCCACAAAGGGCAAUACAAUAGCCUCAAACGACCUUCACCAUUCAUCGGUCUCGAGAAAAUUCAGACGUCAACAUCACCAAGAACUCUCAUUAACUAUCCGCAAGUUAUCGCACAGAUUGACGCGAGCAAUCCUCGUAGGAUAUUUGAUGACGACCCCAAGCGGUAUAUGUCCUUUACUGGUUAUGUGUCCCCUGAAGAUCGAAGAGUAAUGGUGUCUCCUUCGAUAUCUACAAUUGUGCAAUUUCGGGCAAUCGACUUUGGGAUGGAAAAGUGCGAACUAAAAUUGCUGAUUCCUGCUAACAGGAACUCUUCAUCUGGUCUCCCAUUCCUUCUGUCAAUACAUCGCCUAGAAACAACUCAGCCGAUAAAUACGAAAGAGCUAUCCUUCCACAAUUCCCCACGUCGACUUACAGCGGUCGCCAACCUGGAAUUUUUCCCCAAUACCGGUGUAGCAUGGCAAAGAACUUUCCACUGUGCCUGGGAUGACAUCUUAACCUUUGACAUUGGCUGUUCGGAUGAGGUUGGGUUUCAGUCAGAUGCUUGCUCGCUGGAAUGGUGGCAAAACAAAGAGGAAGACAAACCUACCCAAGGGAUCUUUAUGGUGCAGCAUUCUACUGUGUAG